AUGCUUGCCAUCCUCUUUGCUCUUCUCUCGGCGCUGGCGCUCCAGACCACCUCGGCUGCUUCGGUCUUUGCUCACUUCAUGGUACAAAACUCAUAUGCCUACAACGAGGCCCAAUGGGAGACGGACAUCAAGGCGGCACAGCAAGUCGGCAUUGAUGGCUUCGCGCUCAACUGGAUCCCGCCUAACUGUCAGGACGACGAGAGCUGGGCCAUCGAUAGAAUUGAUGACGCUUUUCACGCCGCCGAGAACCUGGGCUUCAAGCUCAUGUACUCCUUUGACAUGAGCUACACAUCGUGCAACCACUACUGGAACCAGACCUUCAUGCAGGAUAUGAUCACAAAGUACGCCGGCAGCUCCGCAACAUACUACUGGAACAGCAACAUCCUUGUCUCCACCUACGGCGGUGACCAGGUCGAGCAGUACGGCAACCAAUUCUUCCAAGGCCUCAAGGACAACAUGAGAAACUCACACGCCAUCACCCUGGCUCCAGCUUUGACCAAGUACUCGAUGGCCGCGCAGACCGGCGCACAAUCCGCGGCAUCCAAGCUUAUCUCCGACUACUCCUCCAUCGAUGGCUACUUCAACUGGCAAGCGUGGCCGCUCGAUGUUGAUCAGAACAUCACUGCCUCGCCCGACCUGGCGUUCCAGUCUGCAUUGAAGAAUGCAGGCAAGACCGGACCUUACAUCAUGGCCAUGUCCCCGUGGCAGUACAAGGAUCUCAACAACGGCAACCCUCUCGACUCAUGGGUGGCGUACAGCGACAUGCUGUUCCCAAAGCGCUUCCAGCAGAUCACCCAGAAUGAUCAGAUCCAGCCUGACAUCAUCGAGAUCUUGACGUGGAAUGACUUCUGCGAGUCUCACUACAUUCGUGACCUACCCUCGCAGGACAUCAACGCCAAGGACUACGUCGAGCUCGGCAACAUGGGCGCGUAUGUUUGGGGUCAGAACCAUGCUCCUUGGCGCAUCAUUGCCAAGUACUACAUCUCCUGGUGGAAGACAGGCAAGGCACCAGACAUCACCAUGGACCAGGUCGUCUUCUGGCAUCGCAUCCACCCCAAGGCCACCAUCUGCACCGGCGGAUCCUCAUCUGGCAUCCGUAACAACGAAUAUCCAGACGAUGCCGUCUUCGCCUGGGCUCUUGUGAAGGACGCCGCCACUAUCUCCAUGUCCAUCGGCAGCAACCAGUACUGGACCUUCAACGCCGACAACAGCGGUCCCGCCUUCGGCAUGGUCCCCUUCCCGUUUUACGUGCCGGGAGGCGGCGUCACACCCGAAGUCGCCAUCAUCCGUGGCGGCAAGACUGUAUACACGACCAAGAGCUCUCAACCCGUCUCGAGCCACUGCGCUUAUCAAAAUUUCAACCCCGUGGUCAACCUUGUUGGUACGUCUUCGGUUUAG